ACCGUCUCGAGCACCCGCCUCCUGUGUGCGUCACACGCCCGUCAAGUGACGUCAGAGUUUCUGCAGGUGCUCGGAGAAGUGCAGCAUUGGCGUAACUGGCGUUUAAAACAUCUCUCGCGAUGGCCUCUGCUACAGAUAACCGUUAUGGACAGAAGGAGUCCUCUGACCAGAACUUCGACUACAUGUUCAAGAUCCUGAUCAUCGGUAACAGCAGCGUGGGAAAGACCAGCUUUCUGUUCCGCUAUGCCGACGAUUCCUUCACUCCGGCUUUCGUCAGCACAGUGGGCAUCGACUUUAAGGUGAAGACGAUCUACAGAAAUGACAAGAGGAUCAAGCUGCAGAUUUGGGACACAGCAGGACAGGAGCGCUACAGGACCAUCACUACAGCCUACUACCGGGGAGCCAUGGGCUUUAUCCUUAUGUACGAUAUCACCAACGAAGAGUCGUUCGCUGCUGUACAGGACUGGUCUACACAGAUAAAAACCUACUCAUGGGAUAACGCCCAGGUGCUUCUGGUGGGCAACAAGUGUGACAUGGAUGAUGAAAGGGUGGUGGCUUCUGAGAGGGGACGGCAACUUUCUGAACAUCUUGGCUUUGAGUUUUUUGAGGCCAGUGCCAAAGACAACAUCAAUGUAAAGCAGACCUUCGAGCGCCUGGUGGACAUCAUCUGCGAGAAGAUGUCAGAGAGCCUCGACGCCGGAGACCCAGCCGUCACCGGAGCCAAACAGGGCCCUCAGCUCACCGAGCAGCCUGCCGCUCCACACCAGGACUGCGCUUGCUAAAAACAAACAAAAAAAAAACACACACACACACCCAGCCUCUCCUACUACACUGCCCUGCACUACCAUACACAGGAUAAAGGUAAAACAAAAAAGGGUUAAAGGAAAAGAAAAUUCAAACCUUACUCCUCGUAGAAUCAUUGUGUCUCCUGUUAUCUGUCCUGCUACUGAUUGAGUGUAAUUAUUUUCCAGCUAAUAACUUACCAGCUUACUAUCUUUGAUUUUGCUGCACCAUUGUUUUGACCUGGAGAGGGAAAGCCAUACUUUACUGUUUUCCUAAUAAGAACUGAGUUUGGCGAAGCACAAAUCAUCGCGUGUUAGCUUCUCUUCAGUCCGUGUGACUUUUUAUCUGGCCUUCGAGUGCUUAUUUUUCUUUCCUUCACAUUCAUCACUUAUUUGCUCUCAUGCUCUUGUUUAAGUGAAAUACGAACAAAUACCAGAGGAGAAACCUUCUGUAUAUUUAUUCCGAACAUGUAUAUAGACAAUGUGCAGUAUUUAAUACAGGUAUAGUAACAUAUUUAAGGAAAAAAAUAAUAAUAAUAAAUCGUUUUGAAAAUGACAAAUCAGAGAACUAUGAAGAUGAUAAAAAGGAGUCAUGUAAUGUUUUUGUGAUAAUCCUUCGCAUUGCUUGUCACAAACCUCUCCUGCAUAUGGGUAGUUCUUAAUCAUGGUAUCUUUAGUCACUGAACUGCUGAAAGUCAGAUAUACAUAGACAUUCCUCAGUGUAAAAUGCAUGGAAAGGAAAUUAAGCCAUUUAGGCAAAUAGACUAUAAGAAUAUACGAUUCCUCGCCAUCCGUCGUAGAUCCGAACAAAUAAACCGAAAUAGAUCGAAUGAAAGGAAAGUUCAUUUAGAAUUCACUUGGUGUGUUUCUACUCACGUCGUCGUAGUGACAGAAGUGAUGUUGACAAAACCCCAUACUUCUUUCUAACUCGAUGCAAGAGAGCAGAGAUGGAAAUCCCAUUUCUGACUUCUUUUUCUAAGCGUUUUUCCGGAAAAUUCAUCCUUACAUGUCAUAUCUGAAGAGAAAAAUUGAAGAAAGAAAGGGAAGAAAGAAAAAAAAAAGAAAAAUCUCAUGUCGUAAAUAUGUUGUUGUCAUGUCACAUGACUGAUCGUCAGGACUGUUACUUAUUCUAGACUUUGUAUUGGCAUUACUGAGACGAGACGAACAAAACCAGAGCCCCUUAUGACAUUUUUGUGAUUUAAAUCCUGACCUUUAUAUAUAUAUAUAUAUAUAUAUAUAUAUAUAUAUAUAUAUAUAUACAAAAUCAUAUAUAUAUAUCCCAGUUUUCUUUCCUUUGCUAUGCUGUCUUCCUGAAAAAUGACUGUAAAUAUAUUUGAGUCUUUAGUUUUAUGUGUGAAUUGUGCUGUGACUCUGGGCUCAAAACAAACAGAAAAAAGAAAAAUAGAUACAGAAAAUUAUUUAAAGUAUGUGCUUUUAUCCGCUCUGUGUAUGCUUGCUCGUGAAUGAAUGUGGUCACUUUAUUACGAAGCAAUAUGGAGAAAAAAAAAGUAUUUAUUGUUUCAUUAUGCCCGUCUAGAGAGGUUCAGAAAACUCCCCAAGAGCUUAGAGCUGAGCAAAAUCCUGGAACGUCACACAGAUCAACAGGAAAUGUGCUUACUAUGGAAGUGGAAUACUUCAAAAUUUACUCAAAGCAGGAUGAUUGAAAUUGAUCAAAUGCACACUGACCUUCAGAGACCAAACUGUGGCCAGGAUUUCCAAGCAGAUGCUUUGUGCCCUGGUCCGAAUUUAUACUAAGAUGAGUUAUUAAGCUGUUCAAGGCGUUGAGCAAAAUGGUCAGCGUUCCCGGCCGCGCCGUAAUCGUUUCAGUGCUUGAAAAUGACCUGCUUUUAUAUUCCGUUUUCAGGAUUGGUUUGUUUUCUAAUUCUGCGCCGUUUGAGUUCACAGUUCAGGCAUUGUUGUGUUUUUUUCUACUUUUAUUUAUUUUUUAAAAAUCUUCUUUUUUUCUAAGAUGGGAAUUCUGUGUACAAGUUUAAAAACAAAAGAAGAAAAAAGAUCAACUUAUUAUGCAGUAGUAAAUGAACUCUAAAUACAAUAAGGGGCAUGGUGUCAAAUGUUCAGUGGUGAAGUUUACCAAACCUACUGUCUAUGUUGUGGAAAUUACUGAAAUGAAAAAAAAUAAAAUAGUAAAUAAUAAAGGUUUGUGCUGUUAAAAUA